AUGGAAUGGCCAAAAUUCGAUUUUGCUAAGUGUUCGCACGUUCGGUCACAGAGACUGUCAAGUAUUGGAAAAUCGAACAGUGGCUUGAAAAGAGAUCAUUCUAAAGUCUGUCGUUCUUUGGCUGCCGAUUUUGAAAAUAUCAAAUCUAGGAAGAAAGAAAGUUCAAUGAGAAGGAAUAUUACACAAAGCGAGAAUAUUACAAUCUUCCAUCAGCAAAUCUUGUCAAAUAGCAAUUCACCAACCUGCUCACAAGGAGAUUCAUUCCAAAUGAAUGGGAAAGUAAACACAGAGAGAAUACCGCCACUGUCACCAAUCCUUGUCAAUGGAUUUCUGAAGAAUCCAGCAGCAUGUUCGAUCACAUCUUUGGAAGGAUCAAGUUUAAAUUUAGAAGAGAUGUUAACCUCAUUAAGAUAUAAAGGUUCAGUAGAUCCGGCAACAGCCAGCGUUUCACAUUGCGAAGAUCUGAUUGCUCCUGAAUCUUCAGAGACCGUAUUCACCUCACCACAUUCGGAAUCUCAAAUCAGUACUUCGUUUGUUACCAUUGCAGAAGAAUUCGAUAAUUUGAACUCAAAAUGUAGAAAAAAUGGUAAAAAGACAACUUAUAGUCCGAAAUUGCAUGCAUCUCUAUCGACAGCAACUUCAACAAAUGCCCAUUCUAUGGAUAACUCCCUAAAAUUUUUGGAAACUCUACCACCACCUCAAAUUGAUUGUAAAAAUUUAAACAGGAAUGGAAGCUUUCCAAAUUUAGAUGUUAUCAGUUCCCAAUUAAGUUUUGAAUCUGACGAAUCUAUCACUAUACGACAUACACGAAGCGAGAGUGAUAUUUUCCAAACUCAUACCGUAUAUAUUGAUGAUUCCGAAAGUGUUACUAUUGCAAGUGAACAAUCUCGUGAUUGCUUUCUUGAUAUAACAAUUCAUGAAAUUGAGCCAAAUAAUCCAGCUUUCGACACUGAACCUUUUCUACAAAACACAUCAUCAGUAAAAAAUCAGUUGAAAAUAUAUGAUCUGCAAGAGGAGAACGAUGAAUCGAUACAUCAAAAGCAAUAUUAUCGGUUAAGUAAACUUGCAGAAGCUCUCAAAAAACGUUUGUUUAUUAGUUCGUCAGAUUUGGCUAUGUGGAAAUGCGAGGGACCGAAGCAAAAUCCGGUUAAACAAGUUACGGUGAUUUCGAAUGUUGAACAGUGGGGACUCUAUUGGACGUUGGUGAAGAAUGUUAGCGAUUCCCAAAUUGCCCAUAUUGUGGAUUCUGAACCAAUGAAAAAAACUAUGGACGUGAUAUCCAGGAACAGAAGUGAGAAAGCGAAAAAUGCUGGUGAUGAUGAAGGAAGUCAAAGAUGCUAUGAUUCAUCUUCACCGGAAACUUUCUUUAUUUAUCAACCUCUUUCGAAAUUAAACACUUCUUCGGAUACUAUGACAGAAUCAUCUUAUUCCGGUUCAGCCAUUGACUGUGCUUAUUCAGUGGUAGUUCGAACAAGUGGUAAAGAAAAUGCAGGUACCACAGCGAAUGUAUUUGUACAAUUAACAGAUGUCGAUGGUAAAAAGACAGAUAAAAUGCGUCUUAAGUGUUCAAUCAGUCAUCGGAAGAAAUUUCAACGGGGCCAUUCAGAUUUAUUCUUGCUAACUGAUCAAAGUCCAUUAUCGAAGCUGAAAUCACUGGAAGUGUGGCAUGAAAAAAAGGGUGAAUACAAACCUUGGUUAUUGCACUCAGUCUACAUCAUUGAACAUAUGCAUCAUACAUUAUAUCAAUUUCCGUGUCACAAAUGGCUUGGUGAAGAUCCGGAUGACUUAUCACACCUGGCAGCUGAUCAUUCUUCGUUGUCCAUCGGAUCUUUCCGUCGCGGACGGCAGUGUCAUUCAUCACAUCUCGUCCAUGAUGUCCAUUCCAUGAUAUUUACUGAGCUGCACUGCAAGAAAGCACCGCGAAUAAUCUCGAGAGGCCGACUACGUCCUGCAAAUGAUUCAGCCAAAAAGGAAAAAGAAUGUGUCAAUAACGACUUUGAAGUGGAUGAUGAGGUUGAAGAAGGGUUCGUAGUUCAAGGUGGAGUAAUGAUGCGGAUCGCUGACGUUAAUAAAGAGCAAUGGAAACCGAUGAAACGAUUCUAUAUCGAUGUCAACCGAUCGCAAAUUUAUCAACAUACUCAAGCUCAUAAUGCUAUAUCAGUGGAUGAUGAAGCUAGUUCAUCCCGUGUUACCGUUGAAGUUUCUGCGUUACCCGGCGACGGACGAAUGUUUCAUCUCUGUGAUAAUCUUCCAGGUGUGGCAAAUGAAGUGGAAUCAUACCCUUGUCGUUUUUGUCCUGAUCGUAUUUUUUUGACGUCAUUUGGUCUGGAACGCCAUACUGAAAUGGAACACAAGAAACACCUUCCUGAAGUUAUGGAAGAAAUAUCAAGGAUUCAUAACGAGUGGAGGAAGAGGGAAGCAUUCAAAGCUAUAGUCAAAAAGCGACGUGAGGCGUUAAAAAAGACAAGAAUAUUAACCGAAGUUGUAAGACGAUCUCAAAAUUUGCAAUCCGAAGAUCAUUCUACUGAUAGAUAUUGCACAAGUACUUUGAGCUGUCAUAUUUGUGGUCUUGGUUUUGAAGCUAAUUGCGAAUUUAUGAUGAGUCAUUUUCGUGCCCAUCGCAAAAAUGACGACUUAAGACGACAACUAUUAGCAAAUUUUGGCCCUUCGGCAAAUUUAUAUAUAUUGCAGUACGUUGCACGUUGUACUUGCCAUCAGUGUCAUUUGGUUUUUGCCAAUGAGAAAAAUUUGAUGCUACACAAAGAAUCAUCGCAUUUUAGAAAACGAAAAUAUGUAUGCAAAUGGUGUGGUAAUGUAUGUUUAUCGGUGAAUGAAUUGAAUGAGCAUAAAAAGAAUGUACAUAGUGUAUCAUACAGUCGAACGGAAAAAUCAUCUGUCACUGGUGCAGUAAGCAAUAUUCAAAAGAAUACUGUGAAACUGAUCACUGCCGAUCAUAAUUCAGCAGAAAACGAAACGUUAUCUGGGAGCGAUUUUGCAGAUAGUUCUUCAGGAAAUCGUGCUUCUGUGCUGAAUCAAAAUCCAUACAUAGCAAAGUGUAGCGAAUGUGGCUUGACUACUGUGAAACCAUCACUGCUUAUACGUCACAUGCAACGUGUACAUAAUAAGAACUGCUUCUCAGCGAUAAUUGAAGUGAAAGGUUUGCCUAAUAUAAAAGUGGACAUGGAUCGUGGAAAAGUAACUUGGUGGUGUUGCAACCUCUCUUUCGAAGAUAGGUAUCGUUUUAUUCACCAUAGAAAAACUUGUCAUCAACUGGUAUUUGAAUAUAAUCAUUUGCAAAAUUGUCUGGUUAAUAGCAGAGAGCAAGUUAUCACCGUGCAUGAAACAAAUGGCAGAGGAUUAAUGAAUACGGGACAAGUUGUACAAUUAAUCAAUGCUGACGAAAUUCAGGAUGAUGGAUUGUAUGUUUUGAUGACAGAAGUGGACAAUCCCGAACUUGUAAAUGGAAAACAGGGAGUUUGUAUUACUAUGGAAUAUGGAGAAUUAGAACAAGGGAGUGGAAUUGUUUUGCGAGAAGUGAGAACAGAUGAAUCAACAGUAGAAGGUGAACAACAGAUUACUCUAACAGCUAAGGAAUUUAUGCAGUUGAAGCAGCAGGUUGGAGAAAACUUUGAUGGUGGCGUGCAAAUUUUUCUUGUGGAUGAUGCGAAUGAUGCGCAGCAAGUAUUAUCAAAUUCUGGAGUGGAACCAGCAAUUGAUUUCGUUGCAAACAGUGUGGUAGACAACGAUGUUUUGAAUUCCUUACUUAUAUCGAACACACAAAUGCCAACGACAGAUGACAAUUAUUCCGGCACACACUCAAAUGAGUCAGAGUUUUCUGUAGUGAAUAUUCCUGAUCCUACAGAAGACAAGGUACUGCACAAUGACUUACCCCUACCAUCUGAAAGUCUGAUUAAUAUAGAAACGAGUUCUGCAAACUUGUCCAUACCAACUGUAACAUUUAGUCAUGAUAGUUUGGUGGAUAAUUCCCUGAAUUUUCAAGUUCAGAGAAAUACUCUUCAUGAGUUAACAGCAGUUCCUACGAUUGCAAUUCCGCAUAGUACACAUCAACUUCAUGGUAAUGUAGCUUGUUCUUCUGCGAUAUUAUGCCCCGAACUGGAUAGCGUUUCAAGAUCAGCGUCAGAAACUUCCCCAUCCCUUAUUGUAAUUAAUGAUAAAGAAACAAUUUCACCACCAUCCAGUAUCGAUUAUUGCUCUAUGGGAGAUUCGAAAAGUAAUUUCCUAGUAAGACCAAGUAACGGACCUACUUCUAUGUUGGAUAGCAUCCCCACUUUGCUAGAUUUGGACAGAAAGGAUACUCUCACGACAGUAGGAGCGAAGACAUCAGUUGAGAUAUCUUUACGACAUUUAUCACCAGCUACAGUUAGUAAUGAUAAAGAUACCAGUUCAACCACAGCAACUGUGUGUAUUCCAACAAUGUAUAAUCGUUUAAUUGAUAAAAAUGAGACCAUUUAA